UGGAGGUGGUGCCAGGGCUGGGGUGCCUCCAGCAACUGACUGCCUACAGCAGAGCCCCCAACUAUCUGGGCACCUCUGCACCCUUCACCCAGGACCAAGCACCCGGAAUUUUGCUCUGUGUCUGAGAAAAACUUGAAGCCCAAGAUGUUCCUGUCUAACACCACGACUGUGGUGCCCUUCCUGACCACGCUGUGGCAGGAGACCACCGAACAGGGCGGCAAUGUGUCGGGCCUGGCUCGCAGGUCUCAGCUCCGAGAUGACAGCAAGCUGGAAGCCCUCUACAUCCUCAUGGUGCUGGGUUUCUUUGGCUUCUUCACCCUGGGCAUCAUGCUGAGUUACAUCCGCUCCAAGAAGCUGGAGCACUCGCACGACCCAUUCAAUGUGUACAUCGAGUCGGACGCCUGGCAGGAGAAAGACAAAGCGAUCUUCCAGGCCCGUGUUCUGGAGAGCUUCAGAGCCUGCUAUGUCAUUGAAAACCAGGUGGCUGUAGAACAGCCUGCCACACACCUUCCUGAACUGAAGCCUUUGUCGUGA